GAAGAAGUGAAUGGUAUUUGAGAACAUAUAAGGUGUCUGUCUUCAUCUUCCACCAGCUCAUCAGCCUCAUUCAUCCAAUCUUCACAAGCUUCAGUCUAUCAGUCAUAUCUGGCAUACCAUUCUCGUAUUUAUUUUAUCCAUAAAACUCACUUCCAUGAUGCACGGACGCCGUCAAGCAAAUUCGCGCGUAUGGCGAGCACCCGCACCUGAGACUUCAUCACCAGCACCUCCACUCGGAGAAAUGAUUGAGCGCAUCACUCGAGACAGCCUCAAAAGCGAUGGCGACCACGUGGGGAUUGAGAAUGUCAAAUUAGUCGCAUCCUACAACUGGAUCAGCUCAUCUUCUCCCGAGAUCAUCAUCCCAGGUCAACCUCCAAGAUGGACACCUCCCAAGGACCUAAAUAAGCGCUUGCCUCCUGACUCUGGCGAGUACUAUCGCGAUGUCAACGCAGCAGCUUACCCCAAACAUCCUCUUGAGCCUGCAAUUGUCUCUGUAAUGAAGAUGAAUCCCAACCCUAUCCCCGUCAACAUCGUUGCAUGUGGAAGCACGAUCGGAAACCUCUUGCGCUUUGCUUGGGGCGUUGAUCUAGAUCGUCCGUUUCGUAUGCUCGUUGAGAAGGUCGGCGAAACUGUCCAUCUCAUUCGAAGAGAGAACUCGCCUCGGGAGAAGAUUCAAGGUGUACGAGGAUACGGGCAUACAUUCCCGGAGAAGUACACUACAUGGGACUCUUCGGUCAAGCGCUCGACCUCCCAUCAGCGAAUCCUUUCAUAUCGAUUUGGCGGUCUUGAUCUCAUGGUCCGCUUCGAAGGCGACGGGUACAUUUCGUCCAGUCCUGUCGCCAAGACAGUGAAGGGGCACGCUUUUGACGAAAUGGAAAGCCUCGGUAUCAGUGAAUCGCUAUCCAACGGUACUGGCAAACUCAAAGUGUCAGAUGGAGGUGAAUCUAUCCCUCAAAGUAGUGUCUUCGACUUGAAGACGCGAUCAAUCAGGGCUCGUGAAGAAGAUCAUCUCGGCGAACAACUUCCACGCUUGUGGAUCGCUCAAGUCACGCAAUUCCUCCUCGCCUACCACGAAAGCGGUCUCUUUAAAGGCUCAAACAUUGAGAUCAAGAAUGUCGAAGCCGACAUCAUCGAAUGGCAGGAUCUCUACCAACCAUCGCUCAAGCGUCUCGCUGCACUCCUGCGCCUGAUUAUUGGCAAGGCCCACGCGUCAAGAGACGGCAAGUUGGAGAUCGUAUGGUCCAACAGCGGUUCUCUCGAGAUUCGCAAGCAGCUGUCGGAUGCAGGUGACGUCUUGUCUGAUCCUGUCAGGAAGCAAUGGGAGGCUUGGUUGGGGAGUGAGGACAUGAAUCCGGAGGACUCGGAGCGCGAGGAAGAGUUGACGGCGGCGCAAUCGGAUAGUGAUAGUGACAGUGGCAGUGAUUAUGCUGCGUGUGAUCAAGAGUGCGGAUAUUGCGGAAAGUGUAUAUACUGAGGAGUGGCUGGUGGGAUGAGGGUCAUGAUGUACCUAACGAGUACAUAGCAGCAAACCACCAAUAUUGAAGUUGAGAGACGGACCCUUCAGUAGCCAUCCUUACCGAACUACCGAGUUACAGAUCAUCAACUGGAUAAGGGACCUUCCAGAUGAGACAAGGGAUGCUGACAGAUGUCAAUCACGGUAUCCCUUGAAAUCGAUACGUCCAUACCCUACAGAUCACAUCACUUGUGCCACGCAAGUGUCUCAAAUGGCGCACAUGUACGUUUCACCAGCGCGGAUCGCAAUGAAUGAAGAUCACA